CAUCAAUUCCCUGCCCUCACAACCGCAAACAGCUAAGUAGCUUGAACCGUCAUUCCACGUCGCGUACAAAAUGGGGAGGGCAGCAUCGGUUGUGGCACCCCCUCGUGUCGCUCAAGACAUCUCCCCCGAAAAACAAGACCAACAAUCUGCAGCCAUCGAGCCUCAUGUGAAUCGCAGCAUCAUCAUCCAAGUUGAAGACGACUCUCUAUCCUCUUCUUCCACUACCGCAAUCCAGUCUACGGAGACACGUCCCUCAAGUAAGCCCCAGCGCUGUGAUUGUAUGCAAGUCCUGCCGAGAUAUGUGGUCCACCAGAUAGACACCCUGCUAGAAUUUCCCAGAUGUUUUAACGAAGCCCGGGAGCUUUUACACAUCCAUGCCAGUAUCUUCGUCGACGCGGCGAGAAAACAUUCGAUUUGCACGAGACAUGCGAAGAUAUGGGCAUCGGCGCUCGGUUUUACCGGCGUCAAGAUCAAGGAUCAACAGUAUCUUUCUGUUCUGACCAAACUAGCACCGUUCUCAAAGAAUAACCCCUUAUGGCAUAGAGGCAUAAGUCGCACUGGCGAGCUCGCCGCCCUUGUCCCCCGGACCCUUGUCAAUGGGACCGACUUCUGCACGCCAAGCAUCAUGUUUAUGGAAAGCCGAGUACCCUGGGACAAGAUCAUCGAGGAGAUCGAAAGCACAUGCGGAUUACCUACCAAUUGGCGUAAGUUGCUAGAGAACCACGGCUUUAUUGAUAUCCCGGAAGUCUUCAAUCUGUGUUGGGCGCACGAAACCUUGAACUUCUGGGGUCUCUGGGAGUCCGAGGUGGUGGCAAGGCAACGCCCGCCCACAUACAUGAUCAAUUGGGGCCACCAAUUUGGCAUUCUGCAACAGACCCUCGGACAAGACCUCCUGUUCUAUCUUUUGAACGUGCUACUGAGGCCCAACCAUCCGAUUAAGCUGGCGCUGUAUCCACAACCCGGGAUCGAUACGCGCAAGCAGAGCCAGGCCCCUGCAGACAGUGAUUGGGUCACGUCCAUGAACCUCCACCAGACGAGCGGAUAUGACAACUCCCUGAUGGCUGCCACAGCCCUGCAAGAAGAAAGCUCUCACGGAUGUGAUCUCAUACUUCAUAACGCUGGCGGACGCACCACCAUCGAACGAUUUGCGCACGCGUACAAGGCGUUCCACGAACAUGUUCAUGGCGCACCAUUGCCCAACUUGCCUGGCCACAGACUCGAGAUGGAACGUUUCCACCAGUCUUCUUACCGUGUGGAAGGACUCUGGAUUCAGUGCGAGCCACUCCCUCGGUUUGGUGGGGUCCGAUUUAUGAGACCUACUGUUGCGAGAGCCCAUCAAGGUUGUGCAGACCGGGUUGUGCUCAUGCCAACGCUGCUCCAAAUACUCACCAAUGGUGACGGCAGUCCUGUGCUCGAAAACGGGCUGUCGAUGGACAAACUCCGAAGAAUCCAUGAAAGCCACUAUACCUCCAAGCGAGGGCCUUGGGGGGCGAUCGAACCGCGCAGAAAAGUGCCCUCUUGGCCCGGAUGGGAAUUCAUUCGAGGAACUAGCCCAAUUAGUGAUGCGCUCAUUGGGCAACGGGCUUGGAACGACGUGACGGUGCUCGCACAAUUGAAUAUUCUCUUUGGGCAUGACACCGCGGCGCGGUGGGCGGAGAUUGAGCGCGUGAGAAACGUAGCUGCUGCUGUCGCUCUGGCGGCUUUUGAGCGGCUGAACUAUAUGGAGAAGCAUGUGUGGCCUGUGAACAAUCCUGAUAAGGGACAGAGUGUGUUGGGUAAGAGAAAAAAGGCGGAAUCAUCGACUGAGGAUGUUUCCAAUGUUAGAGAAAAGAAAAAGUUUCCUGUUGUGAAAAAGAGUGCGAGUGUCUCUGAGCGCAUUCUGUCAACAACUUAA